AUGUCUACACAGGGGCAAGACGUGCCCCAACAUAAAUUUAGCAAAUCUGGACGUAUACCACCUCCACUACCACCAAAAUAUAAAAAACCUCGAUCACAUUCCCUUAGUGCUGAUGGAGAACAACAACAUGAAUCAUCAAGCGAUGAAACAACACAUGAAACACCCUCGGAAAAACUUAAUGUUUCUCAAAUUCGAAAGAGAUUUGAAAAUCAAACAACUCCUGAAGUAUCUCAACCACAGACUUAUAAAAAAAGACCAUCUAUGCCAAUAGCAACAAUUGUUCAGACAAAUAUUUCACCUUUACCAUCUCCUACACCAGGGUCAACAAUUAUAACAACACAUUUUAAACAAUCAAAUGAAACACCUACUACUACAACAACAUCCACGAAACAAUCUAUAUUUUCAAAAGCGAAAUCAUCCUCACCAACUCCACCAUCUGAUACAUCAAAUGCUACAAUAAUAAAAAAUUUUUUUCGUUCUUCAAUCAAUAGUAUUAAAAGUGGAACUACUUCAUCUAUUGACGAACAUGAUCAUCUAUUGUCACCAUUACCAAAAUCACCUGAUUUUUCACUACCACCAGAGAACGAUAAUAAUGACCACAUCAAAUCAGUUCGAAAAAUGCGUGCUUUUUUCGAUGAACCCAAAAAUUCUCAUGUUUAUCAAGGAUCAACAUCGAAUCAUAAUACUCAACCAAUGCAUAAAUCACAUUCAUCUGGUUUAACACCAAAUUCUCGUCAACCUCCGCCACGUCCACCACCUCGUCCAGAAAAUUAUCUUAAAUCUCAAAUAUCCGAUUGGAAUUCUGCUCCAUCAAUUGAUACAACCGAUAGUAUAGCCGGUGAUUCUAGUCUUUCAUCAAAUCUAAAUUUAAGUCGAUGUAAUUCAUCAGAUGUAUCAUUUAGUGAUGAAGAAGAAGAUUAUGAAGCUGAACGACAAAUUAAAUUACGUCGAUGUUUAGAAGAAGUUCAUGCUACUGAAAAAACUUAUGUGAAUAUUCUCUAUGUACUUUCCGUUAAAGUUUCUGCUGAAAUUAAAAAUACAUGUGAUAAAGAUGAUAAUCUUAUAGUAAUAUUUAAUAAUACAUAUAAACCAUUACUUGGUACAAUACAACAAAUCUAUCAAUUACAUUAUAGUAUGAUAUUACCUGAAAUUGAAGAAUAUAUUAUUGGUCAACGUACUGGUAAUAUGUGGACAGUAUUAGAAAAAAAUUUUAAAGUUAUUGAAGUAUUAUAUAAAAAUUAUUAUGUUACAUAUGAUGAUACUCAAGGAAAAUUAGAUGAUUUAUGUAGAAAUUAUCCAUUAAUUAAUGAUGCUAUGGUUAAAUGUCAAGUUCAUCUUGGUAAUUUAUAUCCCAUAACUCAAUUGAAUUGUCCAAAUCAACGUUUACUUCGUUAUAUUCUUUGUAUGAAAACUUAUAUGAAAUAUCUUGAUCAAAAUUCUGCUGAAUAUAAACAUACACGUUCUAUACAUGAUGAACUUGAUCGUAUAGCUGGACGUUGUGAAGAAGAAUUAGUUAUAUCAUCAACACAAUUAAAUGAAUUAAAAGAACGUCUUGAUAAUAAAUUUGAAUGUAUUAAAGAACAUCGUAAACUUUUAUGGCAUGGUUCAAUUAAAAAAAUAUCUCCACGUCGUUAUAAUGAUAUAGCACAACGUUAUAUGAUUUUAUUUUCAGAUUGUAUACUUGUAUGUAGUGAAGAAUCAGGACAUAAACUUGAUAUAAAACGUGAAUUAUCAAUGAGAGGUAUAACGAUUGAUAUAUUACAAAGUACACGACCAUCAUCAAUAGUAUCAAAUAUUGAUCAACAAAAUAAUGGAAUUAUAUAUUAUCCAUUUCGUGUUAAUGCUGUAGAAAAAUCAUAUGAAUUUUUAGUUGAAAAAGAAUCUGAUCGAGAACUUUGGAUAAAAAAAAUUCGACAAGCAAGUAAUGAUUAUAAUCGAAGAAAUUCAAUAAUUGAAAUUCGUCACUCACUUAAUCGACCUGAUGAACAACAACUUGGUACACGUGCUCCUGCGUGGAUUAAUGAUCUUGAUGUAACACGUUGUCAAAAUUGUAAUAAUCGUUUUCGUACAACAAUUAUUUUAUCACGACGACAUCAUUGUCGUUGUUGUGGUCGAUGUAUAUGUGGUUCAUGUUCAACGAAAAAAUUACUUCUUGAAUAUUGUAAAAAUGAUGGUGAAGUACGUGUUUGUGAUACAUGUUAUACACAUUUUACUGGUACAGAAUUAAAUAAAAAUUCAAGUAUAUGGCCAAAAGCAACACGUGAUAUUGAUCGAACUGUACUUUUUGGUGAUUUUCGUACGGUUAAUUCCGGUACAAAUAUAUGGAUUGCUUUACAAGAAGAUUAUCAAUUACAUAUAUAUGGUGCUAAACUUGAUCAAGCUGAAGAAUAUUCUAUAGUACUUUCUGAUUUAAUUGAGUUACAUCUUGAAUCCGAUAUACGAACAUUUACAUUACGUGAAACAACUAAAACACAUAUAUUUGCUAUUGAUUCAAAUCAUCAAACAAUUUAUCAAAAACAUGAAUUACUUGAUGAAAAAUUGAAAAAUUCCGAUAAUAAAUUAACAUUUUAUACUAAUUUAUGGUAUGAAGCAAUGCAAUUAGCUCGUUCAACAACACUUCCUGAAUGGUAUAUAAGAAAACGUGAUUCUUCUGAUAGUGGUGUGAGCAAUGUCGGUUAA